AUGACGAUCUGUACUUAUAACGCACGCACGCUUGCAUCGGAAGCGGCCAUCGAAGAUCUGAUGGUGCAAGCCAAGAAGAUCAAGUACGACGUCAUCGGACUGACCGAGACGAGACGACGUCACCCUCUCAACGCCGUAUAUGAAACUGGAGAAGAACUGUUCUUAGGAACAUGCGACAGCAGAGGUGUUGGUGGAGUUGGCGUCCUCGUCAACACGAGUAUGGCAAAGAACAUCGACUCUUUCGUACAACUUACGACCCGAAUCGGACGUCUGCGGAUGAGAAGAUGUGGUCCAACACCAGCUUUGACUAUCUUCGUCGCUUACGCUCCAACAUGA